AUGAGCCGGGACAGAGCGGUAUCGGGGCCCGGAGGGGACGGGGUCCAGACCGUGAUGAGCCGGGACAGAGCGGUACCGGGGCCCGGAGGGGACGGGGUCCAGACCGUGAUGAGCCGGGACAGAACGGUACAAGGGCCCGGGGGGGACAGUGUCCAGACUGUGGUGGCCCCGGACAGCGGAGACAUGUUGGAAGGAGCUCCUGCUGGGGACAAGCGGCUCUUCUCCUGCGCGGUGGCCGUGGCCAGAGACUCCCAGGCCGGGGAGAACCACUCAGACCCCCCGCCGACCAAUCCGGUGUUAGCCCCUCCACAGCAGGGUCCGACCGGACACCGGACCACGUCCUUCUCUGUCCUGGACAUCCUGGACCCCAACAAGUUCACGAGCAGCCGGCGGCAGCAGCAACAGCAGCACGCGACCCGGGACCGGGAGCUGGUCGCAUGCGGAGCGGAAAAACGGAGAGGAGCAGCGGCGGAGCGCGAGCCCGGCCUCGAGCCCAGCAAGAGCUGCUACGGUGCCGAGGAAUACCAAACCAAAGAAGGCUUUGUAUACAGAGGCCAAGAUGAGGAAGACUACCGUAGAUCGGGGACUCCGGACUCAGAGGUCGCAGAUGGGCCAUACAGCAGUGAGGAGAGCAGCUCAGCUAUGCCCAGUAAUGGAGAGGGUGAUCUGGGCCAGCACGGCCACCAGGACCCAGUCCGAGACAACAAGAGCCCAGGAGGAGGUCCGGCGGGUCCGAUUACGAGCAUGCAGAACAACGGGGGCCAGGGCCCACAGGGCAAGCCUAAGAGGAAGCGCUCCGGUUCAGACUCCAAGUCAGGGAAGCCCCGCAGAGCCCGGACUGCCUUCACCUAUGAGCAGCUGGUGGCGCUGGAGAACAAGUUCAAGUCAACACGCUACCUGUCGGUGUGCGAGCGGCUCAACCUCGCCCUGUCGCUCUCCCUCACCGAGACCCAAGUCAAGAUCUGGUUCCAGAACCGCCGGACCAAGUGGAAGAAGCAGAACCCCGGCGCCGACACCUCUGCCCCCACUGCCACGGGAGCUGCAGGAGGAGCGGGAGGAGGGGGAGGCCUGGGGAGCCUCAGCCCUCUAAGCCCGUCUCCUCCAGUCAGCGGCCACCUCGCCAUGCAUGCUGGCUAUGCCGGCCACCACCACCCCUCUGCCAGCGGCCUCGUCCAGCUGCCCUUCCUCACCGCCAGCCACGUCCUCUCACCCUUCAUGCUGGGUACACAGAGCUACGCUGCACCAGCCUUCUACAGCACACAUCUGUAG